UCCCUUUCCCCCCAAAAUUGAACGUUCUCUCUCUAAACUUCCAAAUUCGAAUCCAUACUUUCUCUCUACACUCGGCUGCAUACGCGGAGAAAUUUGGAAGGAUGAUGGGUGUCUCUGCACAUUAUGGUUGGACUGAGUCGAUGAGAACAGAAGCAGGCCCCAUUUUUUUAAGCGGCCGGGGCCAGCCCAUCACUGCGUCGUGCCGGCCUCCAACUAAUUUUCAAUUCUUCCUUUCCCUCUCUAUUAACCCCACCUUCAACUUCCCCUCUCUCUCUAACUUUCAUUUCUCUUGCAACUGCCUCUCUCUCUCAUCUUCCAGUCCAUUGUUGUGGUCUUGUGGCUGGCUAGAGAGAUGUCCAGGUCUACCCUUCGAGGCGAGAGAUCGAGCUCUUACGCCACUGCUCCGACAAAGAACUCUGUGCGCUCUCUCUCUCCUGCUGCUCCUAGGUCCAAGGCAUUGCCGUCGGCGAGACCAGCCCAUCGAGCUCAUCCUCUCAUUGAAGAUGAUGAUUCGGUUCAUGGGAGAGUUCGAGUUGCUGUUAGACUUCGACCUAGGAAUGCUGAAGAUCUUGCUUCUGAUGCUGAUUAUGCUGAUUGUAUUGAACUUCAACCAGAGCUCAAGCGGCUGAGAUUAAGGAAAAAUAACUGGAGCUCAGAAUCAUUCAAGUUUGAUGACGUUUUUACAGAGAGUGCUUCUCAGAAGCGUGUCUAUGAAGUGGUUGCCAGGCCUGUUGUGGAGAGUGUGUUAAAUGGUUAUAAUGGGACGGUGAUGGCAUAUGGUCAAACUGGAACUGGCAAAACUUAUACAGUUGGUAGACUUGGUAAGGAAGAUCCAUCUGAACGUGGAAUCAUGGUUAGGUCUCUAGAAGACAUACUUGCAAGUACUUCUGAAUUGGAUUCUGCGUCAGUCUCAUAUUUACAGCUAUAUAUGGAAUCUAUUCAAGACCUUCUAGUACCUGAAAAGAAUAACAUUCCGAUUGUUGAGGAUCCCAGGACGGGGGAAGUUUCUUUACCUGGGGUGGAAAAAGUUAAAAUUCGAGAUCUUGACCAUUUUUUGGAAGUAAUCCAAAUUGGUGAGGCCAAUCGCCACACAACAUUUACUAAACUAAAUACAGAAUCCUCAAGGAGUCAUGCAAUUCUUAUGGUUUAUAUUCAAAAGGCUGCAAAACUGAAAGAUGAGGAUGCAUAUGCUCCUUUUGAGAGCAGCACUAGUGAACCUAGAAUAAAUGGACGAGAUGUGCCAUUAGUAACUAAAAGCAAGUUACUCAUUGUUGACCUCGCAGGAUCUGAGAGGAUUGGCAAAUCUGGGAGUGAGGGUCAUUCUCUAGAAGAGGCCAAAUCUAUCAAUCUUUCUCUUACAUCACUUGGAAAAUGCAUUAAUGCAUUGGCUGAAAAUAGUCCUCAUGUACCUACGAGAGACUCCAAGCUAACCAGGCUGCUUCGUGAUUCUUUUGGAGGAUCUGCAAGAACUUCAUUGGUAGUAACAAUUGGACCAUCUUCACGGCACCAUUCAGAAACAUCAAGUACUAUUAUGUUUGGCCAACGAGCUAUGAAAGUGGAGAACAUGAUCAAGCUCAAGGAAGAGUUUGACUAUGAAAGCCAUUCUCGAAAUCUUGAGCAUCGUUUAGAUCAUCUUAUUACUGAGAUUGAAAGGAGAGAUAGUUACGUGAAAGAGAUGGAGUUGAAGCUUAAGAGGUGCCAGGACUCUUUAGAAGAUGCAGGAAAACGCCUUUCAGCUUGUGCCGGGUCGGUUUCUAAUGAAAGACAUGAUUAUGAAAUGCAAAUCAGAAAUCUGAUGGCUGAAUUGAAUCUUGAAAAAGAACGGAAGAAUAACGUAGAAGAAGAAGUUUCAGAUUUACGAUGUCGAUUAGAUGACAGUGUGCAUAUAACUCGACAACAUUCAAUUGAACUUGCUACCUUAUCUAAAUCACAUAAAGAUUCCCUGCUGAAGUUAGAGAAGAAUUUUAAAAGCAAGCAUGCUGAAAAGAAGUUCCUCGAUGAGGAAUUUGAUGCUAUUCAAAGAAAGAUGAUAGAAAAAGAUGAGAAAAGCAUGCAACUUGAGCUUGAAGUUUCUACCUACCAGAAGGUACUUGCAGACACCACACAGAUGUAUGAGCAAAAAAUAUCAGAGUUGAUCGAACAACUAGAUGAAGAACGCAAAAUUUCUCAAGGUGCAAAGAGUGAGUUGGAGCAAUUGAAAAACAAAAUAAACGACCAAAAGAAGUUAGAUCAGUUUGAAGAACAAGGAGAGUUAAUUGAGCUCAGAAAGCAGGUCAAAGAACUAUAUGGGCAUCAUGAAUAUGCAACAAGUGAACUUCAAUCCUUACAAAGAGAAAAUGAGGAGCUGUCUAAUGGAAAGUUGAAACUGAUUGAAGAACUCAAUACCUUGCGGCAAAAAUUGAAAGAUGAAGAGAUUGAAAGGAAAAAGGUGGAAGUUGAGUUCCUUAAAAUAAAGCGCGUCUCAGAUACAAACAUUGACCUUCUUGAGAAAACCCAAAUCCCGGAGAAAUUAGAUAGAGUGGCAUUAGGUGAAGAUAAAUCCUUAAGUUUUCUGAUGUCAAAUCAAGUGAAGGGAAGUAUGUCUGGCCAAAGGACUACUAUUUCUAAAAUAUUUGAAGAAGUUGGUCUACCAAACGUGUUGGCUCUGUUGAAAUCAGAAGAACUGGAUGUACAAAUUCAUGCUGUUAAAGUCGUUGCUAAUCUUGCCGCUGAAGAUUUUAAUCAAGAAAAAAUUGUUGAGGAAGGAGGCCUGGAUGCACUUCUCAUGCUUCUAGAAUCAUCAGAGAAUGAGACAAUUUUGCGAGUUGCUUCUGGUGCUAUUGCCAACUUGGCUAUGACUGAAACAAAUCAAGGUCUAAUAAUAAGCAAGGGAGGGGCUCAACUAUUAUCUGCAAUUGCCUAUCGAGCCACGGACCCUCAGACCUUUCGUAUGGUGGCUGGAGCAAUUGCUAACCUUUGUGGAAAUGAAAGGUUACAUACUAUGUUAAAGGAAGCCAAUGCUAUUCAGGCACUCUUGGAAAUGGCUAGAUCAGGGCAAAGUGAUGUUUUAAGUCAGGUGGCUAGAGGAAUAGCUAAUUUUGCAAAAUGUGAAUCUCGAGGAAUCGCUCAAGGGCACCGGAAAGGACAGUCCCUUCUUAUAGAAGAUGGUGCACUUCCAUGGAUUGUUUCACAUACGACUUCAUCCCAGUUGUCAGUUAGGCGCCAUAUGGAGCUUGCCCUUUGUCAUUUAGCACAACAUGAGGCAAACACAAGGGACUUGAUUUCCUCAGGCGGUCUGAAGGAGCUGAUUCGUUUAUCACAUGAGUCCACACGUGAUGAUAUACGCAACCUAGCCAAGAGGAUAUUGACCAUCAGUCCUGCAUUCCGGUCUGAGAUUCAAAGAUCUUGUUAAAUAAGCACGUUAUGCACCAAGUUUCUCAUACUUCAUGCCACCCACAAUUGUAUAGCUUGAUGCAGGUCUUGAAGGAAAAUGGGUUCGUUAGUCCCCCGCUAAACUUUGUAAUAUAUUGACUUAGUAGUGGCCUUACCCAUUUCUUGAAGAUACAUACAGUUUCAUUGAAGAACCUUCAUCUUUAUUCAUAAAGCAUACAUGUAAAUUGAUGUAGAAAAGAGAGGAGAGAAACAAUUUAUAAUCGCAUAGAAACUGAAGGAUUCCAAUUGUUAUUCAAAGACAAUAGGUUGCAGUUAAGAAAGCCUUGCUUCAAUAACUUGUAAUGGUCUAAGGACCACCCAAAAUGGGGACCAUGUUCCUGC